AGGAAAACCUGCCAUAUCAAAAACUGGAAAAAAUGUUCAAAAUAAUUUUAACAUUUCUUUUAACUACUCAAACAUUUGCUUCACAAAUUGAGGUCUUAUAUCCUCCCCAACCAAACCGUGGACGUAUUUUUGGUGGUCAAGAUGUCCCAGACGGUGUGGCACCAUAUCAAGUAUCAUUACAAAAAUCAUAUAAAGGAUCACAUUAUUGUGGUGGAGCAAUUAUUGAUGAGCAUUGCGUUUUAACAGCCGCACAUUGUCUUGAAAACGGAUGGUCUAGUACAUAUGUAAUGGUUGGUUCACAAACAUUAUCAAAAGAAGGUAAAAAAUAUCAAGGAAAUUUUUCAAUGACUCAUUCAAAUUUUAACAAACCAAAAUACCACAAUGAUAUUGGUAUUAUAUGUGUUUAUGAAAAGUUUGAAUUUAACAGUAAAGUUCAGCCUAUUCCACUCAAUGAUCAUAAACUAAUUGCUGGCGAUAUUUUAACGUUAACCGGUUGGGGCAGAUCAAGUUUUGGUAGUCCCGAUAAAUUGCAAAUUUUAAAUGUUAGCUUUGUUCCAUACGAUGAAUGUAAAAAAAGGCAUGGUAUGCAUGGAUCAUGGGUUGGUGAAGGCCAUGCAUGCACACUAAAUAAAGCUGGUGAAGGUACAUGUAAUGGUGAUUCUGGUGGUCCAUUAAUUCUUAAUGACAAAAUAGCUGCAAUAGUUAACUGGGGACAACCCUGUGCACUUGGUUUACCAGAUGUUCAUGCCGAUGUUUAUUAUUAUUAUGAAGAUUUUAUUAAACCAUCAUUAGAGCAAUACAAAAAACGUAGAUAUAAGUUGUUUUAA